CGAUCUGUGAUUUGCAUACUAUCAUUUCAUCUGAAUGCUUUGGUACGGUGACAGUUUCUUGUGGAUAAGAGGAGAUUAUUUCUUGUGGAAGAGAGAUACUGAUUUCCUGUAGAAUAUAGAAGCAGUUUCUUGUGAAAUAUAAAUCUGGAUGAAGCGCCAUGAGAGUGGAAGUCGUGUCAACUUUGACUCUAACUUUGUGCUUAGUUCAGAUAGAUUUGGCACCAGGAUUAGUGUUGGAUAAAUCGACUGUCAAAGCUGUUAAUAUUUUUUUCAGACAUGGAGCUAGAACUCCCGUGGCUAAGAUUCCAAAAAAUGCUGAUUUCAGCGAUCAUGUUUGGGUAGAGGGUCCUGGUCAACUUACCAAGGAGGGCAAGCUACAGAUGUACAGAGUGGGAACACAGCUGAGAGACUUAUAUGACGGAUUUGUGGACACAAUUUACUCGGACAAAGAGCUGUUCGCCACCAGCACUCAGGUGCCGCGCACUUUUAUGAGUGCAGCCUGUGUGUUGGCAGGCCUGUACGAGCCAGACAGACAUCAGAAGUGGAGUGAGACGAUUCUGUGGAGUCCAGUGCCUGUAUGGACUGAUGACCACUACAUCGACCAGGAAUAUUUAGUAAACGCGAAAAACAAGUGCCCCAAUUACGAAAAGGACCAAGCAAUGUCCAUAUCAACGUUGAGGAGAGAAAAUAUGCAGAACUAUACAGAUAUUUUCGAUUAUGUGAGCUUGUAUGGAGGAAAGCGCAUAUACGACUAUUUCGAUUUGUUCGAAAUUUGGGAUAAUCUUGAAUGCUUGAAUCACAAUCAUCUACCCCUGCCAUUGUGGGCUUCUGAGGUUUAUCCGGAAAAAUUGAGAGAAAUUCAAGCAAAAUUGUUGAGAUCUUACAUUGUUGGAACGCCAAGAAUGGUCAAGUUGAUGGCUGGAAAUUACAUGAAAAACCUUCACGACCAGUUUGAAAUGGCCAGAGAGGGCAAACAGACUCACAAGUUGGUUUUGCAUGCUGGCCACGACUUCUCAAUGACCUCAGUGAUGGCGGCUUUGGGUAUUUUUGAGCGAAUUAUCAACCCAAGUGAUGCUGUUAUCCUGGAGCUCCACGAGACUGCAACGGGCCAUAUUGUUCAGUUUCUCUACAUCGACGUGGGUGGCAGAAGAAUCUCAACAUUCAACAUUCCCAGAUGCGGCAAUCCUUGUUUUCUAGACACUUUCAUUAAUAUUACAGCGCCAAUCAUUUUCUCAGACUGGAAAACGGAAUGUGGCAACAAAAUUGAUACAUAAUAUCUGCUGCCUGCUAAAUACAUUAUGGAUAAAUAAAUGGAUAAACAGAAAAAUAAAUUAAGAU